UGACGGAUUACAAGAACGUGAUGACGAAAGACGUUCUCUCUUUGCCCCAUCUACUGCGAGGAUGAAGACCAUUCUCAGCAAUCAGACUGUGGACAUUCCAGAGAAUGUCGAUAUCACUCUGAAGGGGCGCACAGUCAUUGUGAAGGGCCCCAGGGGGACUCUGCGGAGGGACUUCAAUCACAUCAACGUGGAGCUGAGUCUUCUUGGGAAGAAAAAGAAAAGGCUCCGGGUUGACAAAUGGUGGGGUAACAGAAAGGAACUGGCCACCGUCAGGACCAUCUGCAGUCAUGUUCAGAACAUGAUCAAGGGUGUCACACUG